AAUUUGCUCAUCAACAGAUGAAACGAAUAAGAACGCAACAAUAGCAAGCUUUUGGUUUUCAGAUAUAUUAUUCCGAAAUCAUGUAUUGAUCUUAGCUUUUUGUAUUUUACGUCUUCAAAUUCAGUUUCAAAUAGUUACUUCUCUCAAUUUUGAAGACUUCAUCGGUAAUACUUGAAGAAGAAGAAGAUGGAGAAAUUGAGGAACAUAUUAAUGCCGAAACCUAAUCCACAACAGUUAUUACGCGAUUGGCAACGUCGUCUCCGGCAAGAGUGUCGCAACAUUGAACGUCAAAUUCGUGAUAUACAACGAGAAGAGAAAAAUGUUCAAAAAGCAAUCCGAGAAGCUGCGAAAAGAAAUGAUAUGGGCUCUGCUAGGGCACUUGCUAUGGAAAUUGUGAGAUCUAGAAAAACUGUGAAUCGCCUCUACGAAAAUAAAGCUCAAUUAAAUUCCAUAUCAAUGCAUCUAGGAGAAAGUGUUGCUAUUGCUCGAACAGUAGGGCAUCUAUCAAAAAGUGCUGAAGUCAUGAAGAUUGUUAACGACCUAAUGAAAGCUCCACAAAUGGCUGUCACAAUGCAAGAAUUCAACAAAGAAAUGAUCAAAGCAGGAGUGAUUGAAGAAAUGGUGAAUGAUGCUGUUGAUUCUGCAUUGGAUACAGAUGACAUGGAAGAUGAGAUUGAAGAAGAGGUUGAUAAGGUGUUAACCUCCAUAGCUGGUGAGACUGCUGCACAGCUUCCAGAAGCCGCCAGGAAGGAGCGGCUGAAGCAACCUGCCACCGUGGCUCAGGAUGAUGGUGUUGAUGAUGAGGAAUUAGAAGAAAUUAGGGCUCGCCUUGCCAAAGUUCGGUCGUGAUUUGGGAUUUUUUUAGCUGAUAGAUGGAAAACUUUUUUUAAGAUGAAAAAAGUUUCAUAAACCUCAAAUAAAUACCAAAAUUUAAAAAGACGAAAAUUGCAAAAAAUAGCUACACUAGGAGACGAAAAAUGUAAUUUACUCUUUUGUUUAUUAAUACUUGAGUUUGGGUGUAAUAGUAGUAGAAUUGAAGUUUAUGUAAAGAUUAUGAGAAAUUGAGAAUAUGUAAUUCAGAAAUAUUGGGUUGCAAUUUAUGCUGUGAACUGAUUGGGCAUCUAUUUUUUUA